AUGUAACAUAGUUUAUCCAAGAAAUUAGAAGAAUUCUAAGAUCUAGAUCCAAGUGAAUCAUUUCCACAGAGAAGAAUAUCAAGAACAAUAGGUUAUCAAAAUAGCUAAUCAAUUCAAGAGGAAGAAGAUGAAUAAUCCUCUUCUAAUGUAUAAUAACCGAAACCGAAAUUACCUUUCAUAAAUCCAUCAAACUAGUAGCCUAGUGAAUUAAGUGGAAGUGAUAUGAAAGUGCCUACAAUAUAUACAAAUAUACAAUCAAUUAAAAGUUUGGAAAAAAACAUAUUCUAACAAGAAUCAAAAAAGUAUAAAGUUCUUAUUGAUCAAUAUAUAGUAAAUUAAUAGAUAUUUCAGGAUUUGAUAGUGCAAUACAAUCUCCAUAAUCUGACUCUGUAUUCAAAUAAUAUUAUUAUUGUUUAUUAGAUUGAAUCCUAUUUAGUAGAUAAUAAUAAGUCUUCAACACUUAAUUCUUAACAUAUCAAAGCUAUGAUAAAUAGAUUUAUUUAGAAAAUGAAAAGAAAAGUUGAUUGGACAUAAUUAAACGAUUUCACUUUAAUAGAUAAUAUAUAUUAAGGUACUUAUUUUUCUUAUAAAUCUUAGUCAAUCCUUAGAUUUAUAAAUGGUUUACAAUUUUCUAUUUCCUUUUUAGUUCAAUCAUCAAUAUUUUAUCAAUAAUAAUCAUACCAUUAUAAAUUGUUGAACAAUUAGAAUUUGAGAUUCUAGCUUACAUUGCUCACUGUUUAGUCAUCAUCUAAAUAAUUGCAGAUAUUUAUUUUAAAAGAGGACCUUUUCAUUUGAAAGAAGGCAAUUUUAAUAAUUCUUAUAUUGAUGAUACCAAAUUAAUGUUAGAUCUACUUAGGAUCAUAUUUGCUAUCCUCUUAUUAUUGGCUUAUUAUUAUAAUAUGAAAUAUCUCAUUAUUCCUUAUUUCAUUUUAUAACUUAUAAGAUAAGCUGAACGUUUCGAAAACAUUUACACUUCAAUUUAACUCUUUUUUUAUAUCAUUUCUUUAUGGCUUACUAUUAUAAUGUCUUUUGUUUGUCUCUAUGAAUCUGAAUAGGACAUAUAUUAUUCACUUACUAUAGCUGUCUCUAUUCUUACUCAUAAUGGAAUUAUAACUGUAGAUAUUACUCCUACAAAUUCCUUCAUCCUUCAAUCUUAUAUGAUUAUUAGUUCAUUAUCUAUGAUAUAUACAGCCACUGUUAUAUUUAUAUGGAUUAAACCUUCCAUUAAAUUAGAAUAAGAGAAAGAGAAACAUUUAGCUUCAUUCCUCUAAGGAAUUAAUAAUAAAAAUAUAGAUUAUGGAUUAUAAUGCAGAUCUUACUCAUAUCUUGAGUAUAUAGUUGAUGUAAAUUGGAUUCUCAAAUUUAGGAAGAUAUUAUGAAAACCCGUGAUUUGUUGACCAAAAAAUUAUCACCUGCUCUUUAAGAAGAAUUAUAAGUUUCCAUACGUUCCAAGAUGAUUGAGAAGAUUAAAUUCUUUAAAAAGUUUUCUUCAAGUUUAAGAUAGCAAUUAAUAUAUUGGUUUGAAAUUGCAUAAUACAAUCCAGAAGAAAAUAUUGUCUAAGUAAUAGUUUAUAAAAAAUAGUAAUUUUAAGGAACACUAAAUUGAAGACCAUUGUUUAUAUUUUAUAUUAAAAGGAAAAGUAAAAAUAUAAUUCUAAGGUUAAUAUUAAGGGAAACCAAAAAGAACAUUUCAUACAUUAACAGAAGGUUAAACAUUUGGUGAAUUUUCAUUUAUUAGCGGAAUUCCAUCUUAUAUUUCAUUAAAUAGUGAAGGAUUGACUACAGUAUUGAAAUUAAGAAGAUCUGAUUUCUUAGAAAUUAUUAAGAACUUUCCUUAAGAUAAUGAAAUCUUUUGUUUUUAUAAAGAUAAUUGCAAUCAUAAUCAUAACAUGUUUGAAUGUCAUUAUUGUAAAGUUUAGGGACAUAUGCUUUUUGAAUGUUAAUACUUGUAAUAUUAUCCUAAAAAAUUAAAUGUUAUAGAGAAAUACUUAUAUCCUCAUAUAUAAAAACGUAUUAAAAUUGAAAGACGUAUUAAAUCACCUAAAUCAUUAUUAAUGUUAUUUGUUGUUGGAGAAAGUGCUAAAUAAUUUUAGUAGAAAUUAUCUUAAGAAAUAAUGACAUCAGAGGAUUUUCCAAUGUCCUCAUAAUUACCUUAUAGUGAAAGUAUUAAUAAAAUUGAUAUAUAUAUAUUAAAUCUAUAUAGAUUAGACCCAACAAUCAGCCAGCUAUUUAAGCAAGACUUAAUCGAUCCAUAAAUGUAAUCCAGAAUAACUUAGUGAGAAUCCUGAUAGUGUUGAAGAUCAAUUAUAUGAAGAAAUGAUAAUAGACCCAGUACUUAAUAAUCAAUUUAGAAAAUAAUAAAAUAAAACUACUUUAAGAACAGCUGGAUUUCCUUUUUAGACAGAAACCUUAGGUACUAAGGUUCAUAAGCCUAUGAUAGAAAACUUACAUAAAGAAAAAUUAUAAAUGAUUAGUGAAGCAACAUAAAGUAAAUAAUUUGACACUCUAAAUUCAAAAUAUGAAGAUUCAAAUUAAUUGAGUAAAUAAAGUAGUGGUUCAUAAGCAUUUGCUAAAAAGAAUAAUUUAUAUUCUGCAGCUAGAUCAAUGCAUACAAAGUUAACAUUUCGAUAUCAAUAAUAAUAAUCAAAUUAAAUGGAGGAAUCAAUACAAUUCUAAUAAUAAUAGAAUUCAGUUAGACAGAUAUCAAAUAGAUCAAAUACAUAUUCUAAUCCACUUUCAAAUAACCCGUCAAAUAAUCCAUCUAUCACUUCAAAAGUACAUACAAAAUCAGCCAGGGUGUCUCCUACUUAAUUUUAAUCAUAGUAAAAAAAGAAGGAAGAUAAGGCCUCUCAUAGUGAUCAAUCAUUAUCUGAAUAAAAUUAACGUCAUACAAAUAGAAAAAAGAGUACUAAAACAGGAACUAAAGUUAGUAUACUAUAAUCUCAAUUCCAAGUAAUUAACACUCCUGAUGUAUUUAAGUUGAUUUAUUUAAAAGAAUCCACAUUAUCAAUACAAUGAGAUAUAUUUUAAUAGAUUUGAGAGAAUGCAUUUAUUUAAGUUCUAUAAUCCGCAUAAUAAUUAUGAUAAUGUUAUAUCUAGGUAUUAUAAUAGUAUUAUUAUAUUUAAGAACAAAUAAGUUUCAUAGAUAAAAGAAAGGUAAACCUAGUUUAUAUACAGUGAAGUGUUAUGUUUCAACAAGAAUAAAAAGAGUCAAAAGAUUAUUAGAAUCAUAAUUAUGA